AUGGUUGCUGAGCCCCGGGCGCUCCAGAACCUGUCGACAGUCGUCGUGGGUUUGGUGGCCACUUCGAUUCCAGCCGGGCUUUCGCUAGCCGCUGGCUUUCUGUGGACAGCUCGGGUGGAGUGGGCCUGGACAAUUCUCGGAGCUGUCCUCUUGGACCUCGGCGUGUUGCACCUCAAGGCGCUCCUCCAGCACCCACGGCCGGUCUCCCAUCCUGCAUAUGUUCUUCCCUCCGAGGGGCCCUUCGGCAUGCCCUCAGAGCAUGCGGCCUUCGCGGCGUUUCUUGUUGGGCAGCUUCACGCCAGGCAGACACGGCUGGCAGCAGCGGGCUUCAGGCGCAGUGUCCGCGCUGCCUGUUUGGGCCUCCUUGUCCUCUGGGCUCUUGGCGUGAUCCUCAUGCGCUACAUCACCGGCGCCCACUCCAUCGUGCAGCUGCUCGCAGGAGCAGGCUGUGGUCUUUGCGCCAGCAUUGUUUGGUGGAAGCUGGAGGCGGGUCCACUGGCAGAUGCCAUGGUGCUCGGCCAGUGCUUCACGGAUUCUGCCCGCCGCUGCGUGAUCGCCCUCUAUGGCUGCUGA